AUGACAGAUGCUUACAACAAAUACUAUCACAACAGCAUCGCCGGUCAUAGUGGUAAAGUUGACCAGCUGGCUUAUACACUGGCAGCACGGCGGUCUCUGAUGCCUUGGAGGACUUAUGCGGUUAUCGGUGAUACUUGCAGCGAUCCUGCUCGGUCUCAAUUCAUUCCCGCGGAUCCAAUCAGAAUCCCGAUGGAGGAUACGACCCUACUACGGUACCCUGCUUUUAGGGAGAGUCUCCAGAGGUCAGACGAGAUCUUAGCCACACUGGGUUGCGACUGGUCUAUAUUAAGCGAACUUCAGCGAGACCAUAGUGUGACGCGCCCAAAGUUCAGUCAGCCUCUGUGUACCGCACUUCAGAUUGCCCUAGUUGCGCUGCUUGAAGCCUUCGGCAUAGCUCCGGCCGCUGUCGUUGGACAUUCAAGUGGAGAAAUCGCUGCUGCGUACGCUGCCGGUGGUCUGUCCCAGGAAUCCGCUUGCAAAGUAGCUUACUUCCGCGGACAAGUCGCCGAAAUGAGGCUUACUACAAGCAUCGUUCCUGAGGCAAUGAUCUCUGUUAAUAUAUCGGAGACUGAUUGUGAGGCGUUUCUUCAAAGCCUACACCUACAAGGCGGGAAACACAAGGUUCACAUUGCCUGCGUCAACAGCCCCUCGAAUAUCACACUCUCUGGCCCUGAGGCCUCUAUUGAUUUUAUCAAAGAUCAUCUGCAACAGCAAGACGUGUUCUCCAAGAAGAUCAACACGGGAAUUGCGUACCACUCUCCAGACCUACAUGCGAUGGCUAAUGAGUAUCGGUCUCUGAUGGGCUCACUCGUGUCGGGUUCGAUGAACGGGCGCAGACAUCGUAUUCCUAUGAUUAGCUCCGUUACAAACCAUACUGUGGGAUCUGAGGUUCUUUCGACGGCACAAUACUGGAUCGACAAUUUGGUGUCACCGGUACGGUUUUACGAGGCUAUGCGGACUCUCACAUGCAACAUACCUCCCUCGGAGCAUGUAGCCCAUCCCGGACAACUCGCCAUAACGGACAUAAUCGAGGUUGGCCCAACUGCUGCUUUGCGCAGGCCGGUCAGAGAUUCAGUUCCUUUGUCUUUACGUUACCACUCGGUUUUAGACCGUACGAGAUCGUCUCUUCAGACCACACUGAAACUCGUGGGGACACUAUUCUGCCACGGAUACGGUGUGUCCAUCACGGCCGCGAACCUCCAAUCUGCAGGUUCUAUGCCUUUCUUGGUGGACUGUCCCUCGUAUCCUUUCGAUCACAGCCGUCGAUACUGGAGUGAAUCACGGUUAAGCAAGGAAAUGAGACUGAGGCCCAGAGAGCUCGGGUACAUGCUUGGACGGCGCGCUCACGACCUGAACACGUUGAGGCCGAGAUGGAGGAAUUGGUUGUCCAUCGAAACAAUGCCUUGGCUUGAGGAUCACGUGGUGUCUGGUACUACAUUAUGCCCUGGUGCAGGGUUAGUAGUCAUGGCUAUCGAGGCCGUCAAAGAAACCGCAGCAGCCAGCAAUCAAAGAAUUUGCGGUGUACUCCUCAAGGAUGCCAAAUUCAUGGCACCAGUAAUUGUUGGGAAGACAAUGCAGACGACGAGCGAGACUGUUCUCCAUUUACGCCACAUGCAGAAUGCGAAUGAGAAACGAUCAAGAUGGUACGAAAUAGAAAUCUUCAGCUACCGCGACGACCGGUGGACGGAGUGCUUUCGAGCUACAUGCCAGGCCCAGACCGACGCUCACUCUUGGGCUGAACUCGACGGUGGCCGGGAGGAUCGCCUCGAGCACGACCAGAUUCGCCAAAGAUGUUCGCAGGCCACUGCAUCUUGUACAGAGCCUGUGGCCCGACAACAAUUCUAUGCCUCUUGUAAGGAGUAUGGCAUAGAAUACGGUAGCUCAUUCCAGCUAUUGCAAGAUAUCUGCUGGGACGGCCGCACGAUGUCCACGGCUCGAGUUGACAUGCCAAAUGUUCAAGGAGAUCCAGCGUCGAGCCCGGAUCCCACGCACCCAACUGUUUUGGACGCCGGUAUGCAUCUUCUCCUGGUACAAAUAUCCAAAGGUCUUUCGGGAAGGACCCCUACACUUGUUCCUCACCGCGUUGGGAAGGCGUGGAUUUCAACAGAGGCAUGGGAUUCUACUCCAUUAUCGUUACGUGUUACGUCCUAUCUUCACUCAGCCAUGGCAGAUGACACCUCCAAUGCUCACAGGGGCUCGCUGUGGGCGCUGAAUGAGGGUGGAUCUACCGUGUUCACAGUUGAGGAUGUUGUUUUCGCCGAGGUCUCGCGACCACAGGACGAAAACAAAGCUGCUGGUCGGACGUUACUCUACAACAUUACUUGGAGGCCGCAGCUAAGCUCUCUCAGCAUUGACGACCAGAGUCUUGUCAUAAAUGAAGCUCGAAAGGUAUUCGACGAGAGCUUCGAGGAGAGCUGGGCAUCGAAGUCGGAAUUGGCGAUGCGACUGGUGGCGCGACACGCCUUGCGAGAUAUGAAUGAGGAGCAAUUAGCAAAUGCUCCGGUCUACAUGCGCCGCUACACAGCAGCCUUGAGGCAUCACUAUGCCACGCCACGAUAUGGCGAGGUCGAGUUCCUGAGUGACUCUGCCCUCGCGUCACUCUUGGAUGAAUGCGAGGAAGAAAACCCGGAAUGCCGGGUGUUCAUGCAAGUGGGGCGUGCGCUACCCUCAAUCAUUCGUGGGCAGACCAACCCUUUGGAGGUCAUGUUUACAACGAAGAGUGCUGAAGAGCUUUACCGCUACCUUGCUAUGCACCAACUGCGCGAUGGUCGAUUCGAGGCGUUUCUUGACUUAGCAACGUAUGAGAAACCCGGCCUCAGCAUUCUUGAGGUCGGCGCUGGUACCGGCAGCCUUACCAAGCACAUACUGGGUGCUCUCGAGCGUUUUGAGAGCGAAACGGGCCAGGUACGCUUCAGCAGCUACACAUACACAGACGUCUCUCCAAGCUUUUUUGGGACUGCACGGGACGAUCUGGGUGACUUUCAAGGACGGCUCGUAUUCAAGGUCCUGGACCUAGAAAAUGAUCCCGACAGCCAGCUCUUUGAACCUGAAAGCUACGAUCUAGUGGUGGCGGGCCUUGUGCUGCAUGCCGUGGCGGAUGUACAGAAAACCUUAGCCAGGAUACGUCAACUUGUCAAGCCCGGGGGCUAUCUCGCGUUUCAGGAGGUUGUUUUUCCAGAGAGCGCAUGUGCCAACGUAACCUUCGGCUCGCUUGAAGGUUGGUGGCUGAGCAGCGAAGACUGGCGUCACGAGCAGCACACACCCCUCCUGACAGAAGAACGCUGGGACAAUAUCCUACUCGAUUCCGGUUUCUCUGGAGCCGACUUGGUCUUAAGAGACCAUCAAAGCCCUCUCUGUCAUCUCUGUAGCAUGCUUAUUUCGAAAGCAGUUACCGUCGCGCAAGACCAACCUGAAAAGCUUCUAGACUCUAAGGAGACGACGCUUCGGCUCCUCAUCGAUUCCAACUCGGACACACAACGCAGCUUGGCGGAAGAGAUAACUGAGCGGUGCUCUACCAUACAGACGUUGGAGAUGGAUGUAAACCUAGGAGAAGAAUUGAACAGCUUGCCCAAAGACGUGGUAAUCGUCUCACUACUGGAAGUUGGAACACCACGUUUAGCUUCCCUGUCAGAGCCAGAUUUUCAAGCACUAGAACAACUGGUUCAGAAUACGCAAAACAUGUUAUGGGUUGGCUGUCUCCCAAAAAGCGUGGACGGCAUGUUCGAUCCACACACGGCUUUGGCGACAGGCCUCUUCCGUGGCAUACAGUCUGAGGAGCCUUCAAAGCACAUUGUGACCCUUGUGAUCGAGUCAGAGGCACCGAGCACAUCGAGUAAAUUUAUAUUCGAUGUAUUGAGUGCGUGCUUCUGGCAGUCGCCAGCCUCUAUAGAGAACGAGUUCGUGGUGCGCAAUGGGUGUCUGAAUGUUGGGCGUUUGGCCAAGCAAAUUGUCCUGGACUCUGAACGACUUUCUCGCGUGGAGCGACGAGAGAGGAAAGAGGCAUGGAGAGGUUCCGGGCCAUCCGUAUACCUCGAAGUCGGCACACCAGGAAUGAUGGACUCGCUCCGCUUCGUCGAGGAUCCUGUGUUGAAGGACGGGCUCGACUCCAAUGAGGUCGAAAUUGAGGCAGUUGCAUGGCCCGUCAGCUUCCGUGACAUCUUCGUCGCCCUCGGACGGCUGGGCAUGCAGGGUCUGGGUGUUGAAUGCGCGGGUGCUGUGACGCGCGUUGGCCAGAGCUGUUCGUAUCACUUUCGGCCUGGGGACCGCGUCGUCAUGGUAGCUUUAGGGUGUAUGAGAAGCCACCCCAGAGCCGCAUCCGAUGUGGUCGUACGGAUCCCCGAAAGCUUAUCGUAUCACGCGGCUGUCUCUGCCAUCAAUCCUGGCAUGACAGCAUACCACUCUUUGGUCAACAUAGCUCGUCUGCAAGCUGGUGAGAAAGUCCUGAUCCACUCUGGUGCCGGCAGCACUGGUCAGAUGGCUAUUGCAAUCGCCACAUGGCUUGGUGCCGAGGUCUUUACCACCGUCAGCUCUAAAAGCAAGAAGACGUUGCUCAUUGAUCUUUUCAACAUACGAGAGGACCACAUAUUCUAUAGCCGCGACACAUCCUUUGCCAAGGGUAUCAUGCGUGUUACAGAUGGCUAUGGAGUGGAUGUUGUUCUGAACUCACUCUCUGGCGAAGGACUACGGGCAAGUUGGGAAUGCAUUGCAGCCUACGGACGGUUUAUCGAGAUUGGAAAAGCUGAUAUUGAGACGAACUCGACGUUGCCGAUGGGACAGUUUUCCCGAAAUGUUAUGUUCGCGGCCGUCGACUUGGUCCAUAUCUCUCAGACCAACAGGAAGUUGUUGCGUCAGCUGAUUGAGAAAAUCCUCGACAUGGUUGCCCACGGUGAUAUCCAUGGGCCGUCACCCUUGGACAUAUACCCUGUGUCUGAUGUCGAGAGGGCUUUCCGAUGCAUGCAAAGCGGCAAGAAUACGGGACGUAUUAUUGUGACAGGAGAUCCGGUAGACAUAGUUUCGAAAUAUGUGGUUGACAGAAGUCAGUGGACAUUCGAUGCCAACUCCUCUUAUGUUGUGCCAGGUGGAUUCGGUGGUAUCGGUCGGGCCAUCUUGCGAUGGAUGGUGGAUCGAGGGGCCAGGUAUCUCAUUGUUCCCUCGCGUUCGGGUCCAUCAUCACAGGAUGCACUGGACGUAGUUUCGGACCUUAAGAGCAAGGGAGUCUGUAUGGUGAAUUCACCUUGCGAUGUGACUUCGGUUGCCGAGCUUUCAGCCCUAGUGCAAAACUGCACUGCGAAUAUGCCUCCUAUCAAGGGAUGUAUCAAUGCCGUCAUGGUGCUCCAGGACACGAUGUUCAGAAACAUGACACAUACGCAAUGGUCAACAGCAGUCCAGGCCAAAGUCAAAGCGAGUUGGAAUCUUCAUCAACUUCUACCUCAGAACAUGGACUUUUUUGUUCUCCUCUCGUCGCUAGGGGGGAUUUAUGGAUCUCCCGGACAGAGCAAUUAUGCUGCCGGCUGUGCCUUUCAGGAUGCGCUCGCACGCUCUCGAAGUGCAAUUGGGUGCCGAGGCUCUGUCUCUAUCGACAUUGGGUGGAUGCGUACGAUCGGCGUGAUAGCGGAGACCGAGCGGUACCAGCGCACUCGCAAGAAUGCUGGUGAUAUGUCCGAGGUCGAGGAAGCGGAUUUCUUCGCCGUACUGGACCACUACUGCGACCCAUCCCUCCCUGUCCUCACCGUCGAUCAAAGUCAGAUGCUCAUCGGUGUAUUCACUCAGGCUGACUAUUAUGCCAGAGGAGAGACUCCAAUUGAAAUUCUGGGCCGUCCACUGUUUGCAGGUUUCAGCACAAUCUUGCGCUCGCAGUGCUCUGGACCGGACGCAGCUGCCGUCACGACAAACCAAGAUGUAGCUACACUGUUUAGGAACGCGGAGUCCGCAAGUGAACGCAGUGGUGUAGUGGUUCAGGGUCUCAGGGCAAAGUUGGCCGGUGCGCUAGGAAUCUCCGUCGAAGACGUCGAUCCCCGCCGCAGCCUUUUCGAUUACGGCACUGACUCCCUCAUGGCUGUAGAAUUGCGGAAUUGGAUUCGCAGGAGUUUCGGCGUCUCUGUCCCUGUUUUCAACAUUAUGGACGGAGCUACUAUAGGAAAUCUUGGUGACCAGGUGGCUAAGUUAGCAACUAUAUAG